AUGUCUAAAUACGUGCUUGCAUCGCUGUUUGGUCUCAACCUGAUUCUAUUCUCCAUGAUUGAAUGUCGGCCUCAUACACAAAAACUCGUUGUGCAUGGACAUGAAUGGACAGUGCCCAACGAACCCGGUUGGGAAGAAGUUCUUCACGAAGCUGAACCUAUUCGCCAUAGAUUUUUAACAAAUUGUGGAUCAAGUCGAGAAUGCCGACUAGCUGCUGAACGAUUGCGUGAUGUUUUUCUAAAAUAUCCUGUUUCUGCGAAAUACUACGAUGAUUCCAUAGGCAACGAUCACCUCGCGAAUGACAUUGAUUCGAUUUUUAAAUGGGGUUGA